AUGACAAAGAUAUCUACAUUUGUUACGUUCUUGGUUAUUUGUAUACUAUGCUUCCACGCAUCUUGCACUGCAGCAGGAGGGUUAAAAUUAAGAUAUCGUAAGCGGUCUCUGGGUGCUUUGGAUGUGAAAGAAGCAAUCAAAAAUGGCCAGAAUUUUCUGACUGGUAUAGGCGCUGUUACAGAGCAUACAGUCAAAGGCGAAAUAGGGUCAUUGAAAGCCAAGGAAGAUGCUGCGAGCAGACCUGGGUCAUCUCCUUCAUUUGGCACCAGUACAGCCGAUAUUGCUUCGGGUGGAAAGACUGUAAAAUAG